GGGGAUACUCAUUCCGCCUUAGAUUGCUGAAGCGGGUCAUUUGGUCUGUGUUCAUGCAUGUUACUUUCGCUUGUGUUAUUUUUUCUCCUCAUAACUAUUUCGAAUGGUUUGACUAAGUUCAUUAGUUCUAACUUUAUUGAAUAUGUUUCAGGGGAAAAUGAUUAUUUACAUCUUCGGGUGAUAAAUCCAUCUACUCUGCCGUUCACAUAUCGCUUAAGUCCUGGUCAAAUAGGACCCCAUUUUAAUACAACAUUUACGUCUACCUCAUUAGUGGUAACAGAACCUCCUCACGCAUGUGAGCUGGUAAGUAAUGCACAUGAAGUUAAUCGAAAUAUUGCUCUCAUAAUUCGUGGAGGUUGUAGUUUCGUCACGAAAGCUAUUAAUGCUCACGUCGCCGGUGCAGUUGCUGUGAUUGUUUAUGAUUUUAACCGCAAGGCUAUCCACACAUUUAGCAUGAUUCAGGACGAUACUUCCAGACGUGUGCAGAUACCAUGUGCGUUUAUGAAUGGAAAAGAUGGGUAUGUUAUUUGUAUACUUAAAUUUUAAACUGCUUCGGUGGACACAAGUAAUUUUUAUAGCCUUUGUUAGCCGCUUAUCUUUGACAGAUGAUUGAAUGGAAAUAACUACUCCGAUGUGGUUUGAAAAUCAGUUUACUUAAAAGUCACUUUGGCGAAUAUAAACGGGAGAAUUUCAAGUAAAUGUAGUUAAAACAUCAAACCAUUCAAAAUCUUCGGUUGUGUAGUAAUCCAGUACGGUUUCGUGUUACUUGCGCUAACUCUAAACAUGAGUGAAAUUUAUGUAGACACUCAUGCAAACAACUAACGGAUGUUAUGACUGAUGCCAUUUUCCUUCUAUGAAAUUUGUGCAGAGCAAUAGCACUUGCUAUUUUGCAUUUGAAAUUUAAGAAUAGAGACUAGGAACUUUGAAUAAACUAUAGCUGAUGAGUGAAAGUGAAAUAAUCGUCAUCGGACAGUAAGACAAUUUCAUUCGCGUACUCGAUAUCAAAACUUUCUCUAGUGAAAGGAUCCAGACCACCACUUCUUAAUUACAUCGGAGCUGUUUCCAGAAUGUUAUGAAAAUUUUGGAGACGAAUGGUGUAAUUAAGUAACUCAAAAUCCACUACUGAUCUGGAUCAGUUGAGAGGUGAAUGCAUGAAGUCGCUACGUGAGAUAGUUUGCACAAUGCAUCCAAAACAUUAGCAAAACCAGUAACCACACCCUUCUUAAAGAGAUAAUCAUGGAGAACAGUCCUGUCCAAUAGAUAAAAGGCAACACCUAUCAGCAAACACGACCGUUGGGCUAUAAAAAUUGUUAGUUUUGUUGGGACAAAAGUUAUCUUGUGAUAACUACAUAGGAAUCAGUUUAACAGUAUCCAAGAAAUUUGCCUCGAUAAUCAUCCAGUGCUUAACGUGAACUCACAAUGAUCAAACUAGAGGGAUCCAUGCUUGUUUCAGAUAUAGCUGUGCAUGUGUAGACUAAACAUUCGCACCUCCUCAGGUUCUAUAACGCAGACAUACCGACUCCCAACCAUAGUUAAAUUUCUCGACCCCUAGGCGACAUUUUAUCCUGUAAAUCGACAAGUUUUAAGGCAGCCUCUGUCAUUGCAAUACGUACCAAAAAAGUACAUUAACAUAGUAGAUGCUCCACUUAAACACUUCUGGUUGAGUCUGAGUUUAUGUCGAAAUGUUAUCAGAAAUUAUAACUUUAAAUAGUGUUUGUCUGGAUUGUACACUUCCCCCGUUUUCGUUUGACUUUGUGGUCGACAUGCUUUUCAAAAUGACACUUCCAUCGCCUGACAUUUUAGCUGCUGGUCUACCAGGAUAUUUACUUAUUGACUCAGAUGAUAUAGUUAUGUUUGGUGAAGACACUGACACAAUGUAGUCUUCUGACCACGUCAAACAACGAAGCAAGGAUGUUUUGGAUGCUCUUCUCUUCCUCCGAAUUCAAAAUCUUGCCUUGGAAUUGAUUUUCCCUGUCAUCUGAAUCAGUGAUAGGAAGUCAAGUAAUUAAAUGUACCGAUCGUUUCAAUUAUCUUGGGAGCCUCAUCAGUCCCAAUGUGGCGGUAUCUGACAAAAUUUCGUAGUAAUAAGCUCAACAGGAAACAAAAUUUAGUCGGAUACAUAUAAGUAUUAACUGGUUUUGGUGAUUUCAAAAAUAAUUAACUAGAUUUACAUUUAAUUUUUCUCUUUAAUUUUUAAAGGCAUUCAAUAACCACUGCUUUGGAUAAUUUAAAUCUAACGAAAGCAUUAGUUGAUUUUCCUGUUAAUGUUUCUAUGGUUCCAGUAUAUCACUUGCGUUUAUCUCCAUGGACAUUAUGGUGAAGAAGAAAAUAUACAUUCAACCUUAUUUGCUUAUACAAAUGAAUGACUACAUGACUGUAAUUUCUGCACUAUGAGUACAUUUGUAAAAUACUACUUCUUGUAUAUGACAAUAUGUUUUCAUAUGACCUACAAUUCUUUCAUUUAAAAAUGAGAUUUCCUUUGGUCAUAUAAUUCACUAACAUUAUAUUCUACGUUUGUCCUUUCUUCAACGUUUUGGUCUCCAUUUUCCCAUGUAAAUAGUUCUUUUUGUUAAACCUGCCUACUAUCUUCUCCCAACUGAGUAAUUAUAGUUUU